AUGUCCUACGAAAUCGCCUACGACACCACCCGCGCACCGUCCCGCGCUGCGGCACUCGUCGCCUUCAUGGAAGACUUCUAUCGCACCAGCGACACCGAGUCCCUGCACGAGAAAUAUGUCCAGAGCUUCACUGAAGAUGCAACGCUGAUCAUGGGACCCAAGGAGGCCAAAGGCACAAGCGCGAUUCUGUCUCUUCGUCAUGGUCUCUGGACACAUGUUGCCUCGCGCCGUCAUACGCCUGCGCGGAUCUACUUCGGCGGCGAGGAUGAGAUCAUGUUGUAUGGUGGCGUGAACUAUAGGCUCAAGACUAGCCCCGAUGAUGAUGUCUAUGUGCCCUGGGCUGGACGGGUUGUAUUUGCGCCUCAGAAGGAGGGCGAGGAGGUCAAGAUGCUGUUUUAUCAGGUUUACUUGGAUACGGCGGCUCAGUCGGGAAAGAAAUGA